CCCGGUCUUCCCUGCAGCAGUGUGGCCCGAGCGCCGGUAGUGACAGUGUGUAUUAAUUUGAUACUUUUGGCAGCAUCUGGACUAAUACAGAGAGUGAAGGCAGCAGGAGUGCCUGAAGGUAGCGCUGCUCAUGUGGGAGGCCAGCCAUCCUCUCUCCAAGAGCCAGGACCACGCCCUCUGGCUACCUGGGGGCACACCAGCCACCUCUGCCUCAAUGACCGUAUCACUGCGACGUCACUGAUGGAUUCAUCAUUCAGCUGCCUGGCGAAUUCAUAGGAACCCUUGGUGCCAUAUCGAGCUGGUGGCACCACUGGCACGCCUCCCCUAGAGAUAGGGUUAAGGCUGGGCCCUGCGUGAGGUAGAGAACCGCUAUGGUGUAGCAAAUCUCGUUUUAUUGUGAAAUAGUAAUCGGGAGGCUGAAAAGUGUUCUUACUGGAAGAAGACGUCUUGCUUGACCGUGAAGAGAUCUCGUGGCAGGAAGGGUAAAACAAUGCAUGCCGUGUGUGUCCCCAACACUACUUGCUGGUCUCCGGUGUGAUCAACAUCUUCCCUCCCUAGCAUUCAUGGAGACUUUAACGUACAUACAUUUGCCACACAAUUCUAAAAUGGCAUUCCCAGCUCGUAGCAGCAGCGUUGUUUUAAAGAGCUGUUAUGAGACUAUAUCUGAAAGUUCCUAGGAAAUAACUUUAAGGUUUAUCAAACUUAGGAUAAUUACCCCUGUUCCCAGUCUCCCCUAAAGUCCCUCUCACGGCACCGCGCCAGUCUUGGUGUUGAUGCAUUGAUGCACUCCACGCUCUGAGACGAACUUUAAGUUUGGAUAUAAGUGUUUAGCUGGUUCUAGACGCACUUCAAAUGUGUGAGCUUUCUUAAAUUGGGUCUAGAAAGAAAAGUUGAAAAGGUGUACGUGUUUAUUUACAAAGACAUCGUCAGAGUAGCUCUAAGACGGGCGAGUCACCAUCUGAACACAAGAGACAAAAAUAUCGGUCAUAUCCUAAUACCUGACGGAGGAGGACCUCUGCCCUGGUGACACUGAUCCAACUGAUACGCAGAAGCUGUCCCCCGUAACUUCAAGUCUUUGACACCAUCUGCUAGGAGGCUCUUGUCAAUACUGGCCUCUUGUUACAAACUCCAAUAUUAUAUUAUACCGGUUUUUGCGAAUUUAUUUAAAUAAAACCCUACGCCUUUAUUGUCACCUUUAAUUUAAGAGGUUCCUCACUUUCGUUUGCGAAAUCCUUUAAGAAAGACACCCCACCAUCCUGUGAAGUGCAACUACUUCAAGGACACCCUCUAAAUUAUUUCAUCAACCGCUUGAAGGAGAACCCUUCCCUGAGUGAGUUCCUGCAGCACCCGACCUCCGUCAGGCUAAGAGGGCUGUGAUGACGGACAAGGGCGUGACCAUCGAGCGGUCCCCGUCAGGGCUGGGGAUGGGCGUGUUCUCCGCCCACCUGGGCGGGGGAGGGAACAAGACCUGGGAGCCCCAGCAGAGCACCAUCAUCACCAAGCUGGCCCAGACACCCACUACCCGCAUCCACACCAACGAAACCUUCGAAAUAGACAGACGAAUCAGAAAAACGGACGAGAAGAACAAUGUGAACCGGAGCUGUGGGUGUGGUGGGUGGGCGAGGGCGGCGCAGCUGGAGCACGACCUCACAGAACUCGCCUUGACCCACCAGAACCUGCUGGUUGGCCUCCACCUUCAGGUCGAUUCCCUCAAGCAGAAGAACAGAGAUCUGACCUUCCAACUCCUCAUGGGCCCAUCAGCUGCACAGAUCAAGCCUGAUUUUCCAUUCAGCCCUGAGAGUGAUGAGGCUUCCUCUCCCAAGAACGAAAUACCAAACAAAGUAGAGCCAAAUAACCAAAAAAGAGACAACAAAUCAGCCAAGACUGCAGACACCAGCCCCGUCAUCACUACCUCCACCGCCAGAGUUACCAGCACUGAUACCGCCAAGGCCCCGCUCACUGUACAGUCACCGCCAGCCUCUCUCCUCAACGGUGACAUCGUAGUAAGACGCCCUCUUCCGGGGCGUUCAGGGCGAGGCGACCCUCGACUGGUGCGGUCUCUGGACCUGGAGCUGCUGGAGGAGGAGGCAGACCACACCCGGGGCCUACUGGAGGAGGAGCGAGCCAAGAACAAGUACCUGACCUCGCUAGUCGAGGACCUUAAGAGGCAGGCGCGGGAGGCAGCCAGCGAGAACAGCCUAGCACAUCUUAACAAGAAGGUGGGCGCGCCCCCUGUUCUGCCCCCACCACGCCCCCCUCCACGCCCACAACCACGCACCGCUGACCUCACCCCCCGCGCCACCGUUCACACCUCCCCGCACGCUAGACAAGUAGGCAAGAGGGAGGCGUCUCCAGGCUCCCAGCUGGUCGACCCGUUACUGGGCAACACCACCUCCUCCCAAGUCCAGCGAAGCCUAGCAACAGACGUAGGCAGGACCCAGGCGGAUCGAGAACCUCGCUUCCCACCCCUCCGUCAGCACCACCAGCAGCAGCAGCAGCAGGAGAGAGGGGCGAGGCCGCUACCCCACAACACCACCAGUCCUGCCAACCGUCGAUUGUCGGAGAGGUCUAGUGAACGCGAUAGCGGAACCACCUUUCCUGCCAUUGCUUCAGCUCGACCGGAACAGCAACAGCACGAACAACACCAACAGCGGGGCCGAGGAAGGUACUUCGGACGAGGGCGUACAAGAAAUCGACAACAGCAGCAGCCUCAGCAACAAUCCCAGCAGCAACAGCAACAAAGACAAGAGGCUGUUGAGGCAGAGCCUAGUGUUCACCUGGCGAAAGGCUCUGGGCGACCCCCUCCACCCCGGGAGGACUCCAGGAGCCGUCGGGACCCUGUCAGGACACCUACUUCACCUAGAGACUCUUCACAAGGACCACGAGGAGGCAGGCAUGGCCGAGACGGGUCUGUGGGUGCCACCUCCUCAUCUCAAACAGAAAUUAAGCGCGGGGCGUCCGGACAGGAGCAAGAGCCCCGACCUGAGACGCGUAUCAAGGGGCGCGGGCGAGCACACAGGCGAGGUGGGCGGGGGCGUCCGCGCAAAGAGAAACACAACACUCCAUCAGAGCAGCCAGAAAGCGAGCAGUAACGUCUUGCUUGUAAUUAGCUGCCAAUACACACACACCCGACCUCAGUGCUAUGCAUACAGUAGACGGCUUCUUUCUCGAUAUUAGAUGUGAUGCCGUGAAAGGUUCCCAAAGGCUCCGUUCAGCAUCCACUUAUACUUCUGAUAAUGGUUACAAACAUUUAAUAUCAUCUGUUAGCUUUUAAAUAUCUGAACUAAAGAUGAUUCGCUCGUCAAGAUGGGAACUGGUCUGGCGUAUCCUAAGUACAACCUGUUAGCGAGUGUUGGAACUAUCACAUCAAUAUCUCGCUAACAGGGAACAUUAACCUAACUGUUAUGGUUGUUAUAUAUUCCUUUGGCAGACGAUCCCUAAUGGUCUGACACUCCACUGGUGUGUAGAGUUUGAAAUGUGAAGUAGAAAGCAAAACUUGAAUUAAAAUGUAUUAUGGCCAA